AUGUCCCUUUUGUUUGCAAGACCAACGUCGAAAAUAUCCAACAAGAAAGACAAGAGAUUCAUGGCUGAAGUCAACGCCUCGCCGCUCAAGCACUUUGUUACCGCCAAGAAGAAAAUCAAUGGCAUCUUCGACCAGCUUGGCGCCUACAUUCAGGAGAGCUACAACUUCCUGGAGGAAACCUAUGAGAAUGCAGAACUGGACCCUGUCGCCUCAGAAGAGCAGGUCCUUGAGGUUAAGGGGUACCUGACCAAUGUGAAAGGCAUCAGUGAGGUGCUGGCACGGCGUCACAUGAAAGUGGCCUUUUUCGGGAGGACAAGCAAUGGGAAAAGCACUGUGAUAAACGCCAUGCUGUGGGACAAAGUCCUGCCCUCUGGUAUCGGUCACACUACUAACUGUUUCCUGCGAGUGGAGGGAACGGAGGGCAGUGAGGCCUACCUACUGACCGAAGGAUCCGAGGAGAAGCGGAAUGUCAAGACUGUGAAUCAGUUGGCGCAUGCUCUUCAUCAAGACGAUCUCCUGGAUUCUGGCUCUCUGGUCAGCGUUAUGUGGCCGAAUUCCAAGUGUCCCCUGCUGAAGGAUGACCUGGUGCUGAUGGACAGUCCCGGUAUUGAUGUGACCACAGAACUGGACAGCUGGAUAGACAAAUUUUGCCUGGAUGCGGAUGUCUUCGUCUUGGUGGCAAACUCUGAGUCCACCCUCAUGCAGACCGAAAAGCAGUUCUUUCAUAAGGUGAACGAGCGCCUAUCACGGCCAAACAUCUUUAUUUUGAACAACCGCUGGGAUGCAUCUGCUUCUGAACCAGAAUAUAUGGAUGAGGUGCGACGUCAGCACAUGGAGCGGUGUACCAGCUUCCUGGUGGAUGAGCUGGGUGUUCUGGACCGGGCCCAGGCCACUGAUCGUGUGUUCUUUGUGUCCGCCAAGGAGGUGGUAAAUGCUAGAAUACAGAAAGCUCAAGGAAUGCCAGAAGGAGGUGGAGCAUUGGCCGAAGGGUUCCAAGUUCGGAUGUUUGAAUUUCAGAACUUUGAAAGAAGAUUUGAGGAGUGCAUCUCACAGUCGGCUGUGAAAACCAAAUUUGAACAACAUACAAUGAGAGCCAAACACAUAGCAGAGGUUUUACGGCAAAUCAUGGAGUCUGUGCACGUGGCGGCCCAGGAACAGAGAGUUUACUGCCUGGAAAAGCGGGAAGAAUUCAGAGACAGAUUGGAGUUCAUCGAGAAACAACUCGAGCUCCUCACCGAGGACUAUAAAAUGAAAAUCAAACAGAUCACAGAUGAGGUGGAGCGACAGGUGUCCAACGCCAUGGCCGAGGAGAUCCGCCGUUUGUCUGUCCUGGUGGACGAGUUCCUGUUGGAGUUUCACCCUUCGCAAGUUGUUCUCAAGGUUUACAAAAAUGAGCUUCACCGUCACAUCGAGGAGGGGCUGGGGAGGAACCUGUCUGAUCGAUGCUCCAGUACGAUUUCUGUGUCAUUGCAGACCACACAGCAGGAGAUGAUCGAGGGCCUUCUGCCCCUCCUCCCUCCUUCUUCCCGAACACAAAUGGAUCUGCUGGUUCCCCGCCAGAGCUUUAACCUUAGCUAUGACCUGAGCUGCGACAAGCUUUGUGCCGACUUCCAGGAGGACAUCGAAUUCCACUUCUCACUGGGCUGGACCAUGCUUGUCAACAGGUUCCUAGGACCUAAAAAUGGUCGCCGUGCCCUGAUGGCCUACAACGACCAGAUACCUCGAAAUAUGCCUUUGACCCCUGUAAAUCCCAGCAUGCCACCAAUGCCGCAAGGUGCCAUGACACAGGAAGAGCUGAUGGUCUCCAUGGUAACUGGGUUGGCGUCGCUGACGUCCCGGACAUCCAUGGGUAUUCUGGUGGUGGGAGGUGUGGUCUGGAAAGCCGUAGGCUGGCGUCUUAUUGCCUUGUCGUUUGGACUUUAUGGACUUUUGUAUGUCUAUGAACGCCUCACCUGGACCACCAAAGCGAAAGAACGAGCCUUCAAACGCCAGUUUGUGGAAUACGCAGCUGAGAAGUUGCAGCUUAUUGUCAGCUACACCGGAUCCAACUGCAGCCACCAAGUCCAACAGGAGCUGUCCGGCACCUUCGCCCACUUGUGUCAGCAGGUGGACGUAACCCGGGAGAACCUGGAGCAGGACAUAGCCGCUCUGAAUAAGAAGAUUGAGAUCCUGGAUGGCUUGCAGAGCCGAGCUAAACUAUUGAGGAAUAAAGCCGGCUGGCUGGAUAGCGAACUGAACAUGUUCACUCACCAGUACUUACAGCAGAGCUGA